AUGGCUCAACACCACCCAUCCCCGCCCAUGUCGAUGCACAUGCAGCAUCACGGCCCUCCUGGCCCGCCGCCGCCGCCUGGCGGGCCUGGGUCGCAAGGAUAUCCCCAUGCGCCAUCGCGACAAAUCUUGGCCAUGAACGAGGCCGUUUGGAUCCAAAUCGGGAGCUUUUCUGAGCUGCUGGGCAACCUUGACGAAGCCAUGCUCGCCUACGAACAUGCUCUGCGCGCGAACCCUAACUCGGUCCAAGCCAUGAAUGCCAUAAGCUUGAUCCUGAGAACUCGCGAGGACUUCGGCAAAGCUGUGGAAUAUCUGAAUGCCAUCCUCAAGAUCGAUUCGACAAAUGGCGAGGUCUGGGGCAGCCUUGGGCAUUGCUACUUGAUGAUGGAUGACCUACAGCAGGCUUAUGCCGCUUACCAGUCCGCUCUGGUCAAUCUGCGGAACCCCAAAGAGCCGAAACUUUGGUAUGGGAUAGGCAUUCUUUACGACCGCUACGGCUCUCUUGACCAUGCGGAAGAGGCCUUUUCCCAGGUGAUGCAGAUGCAGCCUGACUUCGAGAAGGCCAACGAGAUCUACUUCCGCCUUGGUAUCAUAUACAAGCAGCAACAGAAGUACAACCAAAGUCUCGAGUGCUUCAAAUACAUUGUGAACUCGCCUCCUCCUCCCCUUACGGAGGAAGACAUCUGGUUCCAGAUCGGUCACGUACAUGAACAACAGAAAGACUAUGAUAGCGCUAAGUCCGCCUAUCAACGUGUGCUUGAGCGUGACCCGAACCACGCCAAGGUGCUGCAGCAGCUCGGAUGGCUCCAUCACCAGCAGAGCAGCACCUUCCAGAGCCAAGAGCGUGCCAUCGAAUAUCUCGAGAAAUCUGUUGCGGCCGAUAACAGCGACGCACAGAGCUGGUACCUCCUUGGACGAUGCUACAUGUCUCAACAGAAGUAUCCCAAGGCAUAUGAGGCAUACCAACAGGCCGUGUACCGUGAUGGCCGAAACCCAACCUUCUGGUGCUCGAUCGGUGUCCUGUACUACCAGAUCAACCAGUACAGGGAUGCGCUCGACGCCUACUCACGGGCUAUCCGUCUGAACCCCUUCAUCUCGGAAGUGUGGUAUGAUUUGGGCACGCUUUAUGAAUCGUGUAACAAUCAGAUCAGCGAUGCCCUUGACGCAUACCAGAGGGCUGCCGAGUUGGACCCCAACAACCCUCAUAUCAAGGCCAGGCUGCAGCUUCUCCGGAACGGGCCCACCAACGGAACCGGCAGCGCGCCGAUGCCCACCGAUGUUCACCCCCAGGCUUACCAGUCUGGCGCAGUUGGUCCUCCAGGGCCCCAAUGGGCUGGCUCUGCUCCUCAGCAGCAACCUCAGCCGCCAAACGGCCCGCCGCCACCUGCUCCUGGCAGCAGCGGCUGGGGAAGGCUGUCGGAUCUGAACCCGCCCCCGCAGCCGCCUAACCCUUACGACCAGCGAGAGCCCUUUCGCGGACCGGCUCCGCCACUACCCAGACAGCCCAGUCCUCGACAGGAAGGCCAACAGAUGAGGCCUUAUGGCGAGCCGAACCGACUUGGUCCGUCAAUGCGUGGCCCUUCCCCUCCACCCCCGGGGCACUACCCUCCGCCGCCACCCCCGGCACAGUCGCAGCAGCCUCCCCAGUCUUCUCAGCCCCCUCCUCGCGUGGCCAACCCUAACUAUGGCGGUCCCGCCAAGUCCGCGACCAGCCUCAACGGAGUCAACGGGCCGCCACCGCCACCCAACCCCCUGAUGCCCUACAGAGGCAACAGCCCUCGGGCGGAUCCUCGGCCUGUACAUGACAACCGGAUGCCUUCCCCCAAGUCUGCCUAUCCGCAGCAGCCGCCGUACCCUCCCCACGCCGACCCCAAUGCUCCUCAAAGUGGCAUCGAGUCCGGAUCCGCACCCCCGCCCCCAGUCGAAAGUGCGCAUCGGGAGCACGAGCGGCCCGCGUCUGUCGGCCCCAAGAGGAUCCGAGAGUGGGAUGAUGAACCCGCUGCUAAGAAGCCUGCCUCUGACGAGAACCGCGCCAGGAUGGAGGACAUGCGUCACCGGCGUCCGUCCACCCCGCCUCGGGAGCCGUAUCGUCGUAACUCGUCGGAGGCGCGGCGGUUUGAGGAGCAACGCCGUCUGGACGACCAGCGAAGGGCUGAUGAGCAGAGGCGCGCGGAUGAGCAUCGUCGUGCUGAAGAGCAGCGUCACGCCAACGAUUCUUAUCACCCUUCGGAGGCCGCGCACCACACUCCUGCGCACGCGAUGCCGAACCACCUGCCGCCGAUGCAGCAGGGUCCCUCUCCUAUGCAGGGUAUCAUCCAUGACGGCCCGGCAUCCGGCCCUGCGCCGAAGGACUACCCCGCCGACGAGAGGCAGCGCCUGGAUCACGGCCCUGCUCCUCACCCGCAGCCAGCCAAUGAGCCGGAAAGGGCCGCUCGUAAGAUGGACGUGGACGAGGACUACGAUGACAGCGGCGAAGACGACAAGAAGGCCGGUCACACCUCUGCUCCCGCCUCUGGACCUGGGUCUGCAUCCGGUGACAUUAAGAACACGACUCCGACCAGUGCGGGUGUCAAUGGCGUCAUGGGUCCCAAGACGGAGGGAUCUUAG